AUCAUGAAACAUGCCCUCAAGUUCCCAUCCAGCCUACUAUUCUAAUCCAAAUAGUGUAUUACCCCAAGAAUCCAUAUCAAUGCAAACAUAUUACUAUAAGAACAGUAUCCCCGUAUCCGGUUUGGGUCCAAACCCAUCAACAGUGACUCCCCGUGCAUCAGCGCUCCCUCAACAAACAUCCCUAACUACAAAUAAUCAUUUAGGUGUUCCUGGAUCCGCCCGUUUAUCAUCCCAGUCACCUCAUAAUGGUCAUCCAUAUGGGAAUUUUCGAAAUAGUCAGUCAAAUGGUCUUCCUAAUAACCAAGAUGUAAUGUCGGUUUCAAUGCACGCCCCAUCAAAUUAUUAUUAUUGGCCUUCUGGGACUACACCUGGACCUAACACUACGCCAUACAACUACAGUGAUGUUUCGUCACAUACAUAUGCAACCCCUACACCAGUAUCCAAACCAAACAAUACAGCUGGUUAUCUUAACCCUAAUAAAAAUGGUCUGACUAACAAAAAUAAUCCAUCCAAUCGGGUAGCUCAGCAGUUAAAGAAUACGACAUCUAAUUCAAGUGGCAGGCCGUUAUGGAAAGAUCGUCCACAUGUUGGGAAAUAUAGUUUAAUCCAAACUAUCGGUAAGGGAAACUUUGCAAAGGUCAAACUUGCCCAGCAUUUGACAACCGGAAUGAAGGUUGCAGUCAAGGUAAUCGACAAGACAUUACUGAAUCACUCAAGUCUACAGAAGCUUUUUCGUGAAGUUCGUGUUCUUAAAAGCUUGAAUCAUCCGAAUAUAAUCAAAUUAUUGGAGGUUAUUGAAUCUGAAAAACAUUUAUACUUGGUCAUGGAAUAUGCAAGUGGAGGUGAAGUAUUUGAUUAUCUUGUUUCACAUGGUAAAAUGAAUGAAAAAGAUGCGCGAUGUAAAUUUCGUCAAAUUGUUUCAGCUGUACAAUAUUGUCAUCAAAAAAUGAUUGUUCAUCGAGACUUGAAAGCUGAAAAUUUAUUACUUGAUGCUGAAUUGAACAUAAAAAUAGCAGAUUUUGGAUUUUCAAAUUAUUUUUCUAAUUCACAAAAAUUGGAUACAUUUUGUGGUAGUCCACCCUAUGCUGCACCGGAAUUGUUUUUAGGACGUAAAUAUGAAGGUCCUGAAGUUGAUGUUUGGUCAUUAGGUGUAAUUCUAUAUACAUUGGUUAGCGGUACAUUGCCAUUUGAUGGAAAAAAUCUAAAAGAAUUACGUGAACGUGUGUUACGCGGUACCUAUCGAGUGCCUUAUUAUAUGACGCAUGAAUGUGAAAUGUUACUGAAAAAAAUGUUGGUCCUUAAUCCAGCUAAACGUAUUUCAUUACAGGAAGUCAUGAAUGAUCCAUGGAUGAAUCAGGGUUAUGAACACAAUAUACUUAAACCUCAUACUGAAGAGCCAGCCGAUUAUUGUGAUCCUGAACGUAUUGACAUUAUGAUUCGUAUGGGUUUCAAACGCGAGGAUAUUCAUGAUUCUUUGACCCAACAACGAUUUAAUAACAUUACUGCUACAUAUUUACUAUUAGCCCGUUAUGAUCCGCGUGUUCAUGGUCGGCUACGAGGUUUGCCUAGUACAUCAACUACUAGUUUGAAAUCGGAUAGUCAGUCGGUACGUUCACGUCAAACGCCAGAAACACAAUCUAGUACACCAAACACUUCAAGAUCACAGUUCCACAAUUCACCAUCACAUAACAGUUUAGGUAUGACAUCAGUCACUACUACUGGUUCAGUAACUUCACAUUCAAUGACAAAUGGCGUUACCAGUCGCACUACUGAUUCAUUUGGUUUAAAUACCAGACAUGGAACUGCUGUUUCUCGUCCUAACAAGGAUACAAUUUCUGCUACUACAAUAACAUCAGAAAGUUUAUGUACAGACUCCUAUGCUAAUUCAAAUCCAUCUACAACAAAUUCAAACUCAAACAGUAGUACUCGCGGUUUUGCAAGCUCAGUGCGCAGAUCUAUUACUGUUUCCGGACCAUCAGAUGCUAAUCAGGUGACAGCCCUUUACCAGGUGUAUUAUUAA